UAAAGACGACAGCUCCGCACGAGCCGAGCGCAUCGAUGCCGCGCGCGGCUCUUUACAUUUCAUCAGUAAUUUUCAGCGGUGCUGCGGAGUCGACUCACCAGCACUAUACUGUAUGAAGACUGCUGUAAAUAAAGUGUACUUUGACGUUUUUAAAUGGCGGGAGGAGAAAUGCGACGCCGUGCUCAGCCAGGUUGCUCUCUGGUGCGUAAUUGAUUCGAGUGGAGAAUCCUGAGCUGCAGCGCUAAUUUUGGCACAGUCAGAAUCCUCCAUCCUUCUCUCAGGGAGGGGGAAGGCUGCUGGUUUUGAACUUCCUACCUUUGUUGCUGCGAAGGGACAUCCUGUACACCAGCCAGGCAGUGCCCUCCUCAUCAUCUCACCCCCGGAGACCUUCUCUUUAAAGAUAAAUAAUCAUGGAGGACAAACGCAAGAAGCGGAGCCCAAAGGUGUCUCUCCCGCAGCCUCCUCCUCCCCCCAUCAACCCCCGCAAACUCUCCGUCCUGCCUGCCAGCAAAAGUGCCACCUUCUCUCUUGGCCUGCCGCAGCCCCCCUCCCCCAAGAACAGAGGCAAAUUCAAGAGGUCGAUAGGAGCGCCAGGGCAGCCCAAAGAGGUGUUUACAGCCGUCGUAGCUCCACCAAAGACCGCCAGCAGGCCCCACAAGGAGAAGCCCAGGGCCCCCCAGCCUGCCGGGCCCAGUAAAGUAGUCCAGUCUUCCCCCCUGCAGCACUCCUUUCUCACAGAUGUCUCAGAUGUGAGAGAGAUGGAAGGAGGCCUCCUCAACCUCCUCAAUGACUUUCACUCAGGCAAACUACAGGCUUUCGGUAAAGUUUGCUCCUUUGAGCAGCUGGAGCAUGUACGUGAAAUGCAGGAGAAGCUGGCCCGACUGCACUUCAGCCUCGACAGCCAUGUGGAGGAGCUUUCAGAGGACCAGAGGAAGUGUGCCUCCGACCACAACCUGGAACACCUGCUGUGUAACCUGGAGGAGCUCAGCACGUCAAUACAAAAGCUCCACUUGGCUGAGAACCAGGACCUGCCCAAGACACCUGGUCCCUGACAAAGUGAGGCGCGGAGCACAGCGACCACACACUCAUCUUCUCCCAACAUCUAACCAGUCCAGGUUGCCAUGGAAUUGAUCCAGCUGCCUUAGUAACAGAAUGGAAAGAUCCACAGGAAGAGGAGGAGGAGCUAUUUUUCCGUUUGGUCGGUGAAGCCGAGGGAACAAUAUAGUGACUCAAAGCAGCAGAGCAUUAAAUGAACACUCAACCAAAACCAUAAAGCCCUCAUUCAUGGCACAAGAAAUGAUCAGAGGGUUUACUUAACAGUUGUGUUUGAUAAAAUAUGUUGUGUUUAAGUUUUCGACAUGGUCAAGGAAUUAGUAUCAUCAUUUUCAAACAAUGCAGGUGCACUCUUUGGUUAUCUAUUUGUGUUCCAAUUUCCGUCACAAAAAGCACAUUUCAUGACAGUUGAAGAAGUUGUAUGUAUUUCAUAGUAUGCCUUUUGUCUUUUGCAUCAUUCGCAAAGGGAAGAAAUUUGAGCCAUACUUAAGUAGCAAACAUAUUUGGCCCUUGUCGACAACACCACUGUGGUUAGCUCAGAAUUUUAAAGGGAGUUUUCACUUUUGCUAUUAUCCUGAAUAUGCUCCGCCAUUUUUAUAGCUUUGCUUUGAAAGUUUAAUACUUAAAAAGCAGGCUGGAUUUACUAAAAGCUGGGUGACCUUUGAUAUAACUGUUUAAAUGGACUGUGUGAGAAGACACUAAAUCUAUGGUGAAUGAACUUGUAUAAUGGUUUAUAUGUUAUACCAAUGUGCAGCACACCUACUGUUUUUGUUGACACUGAUCGGUUAACAAAACUUGAGUUCAUCAGUGCUUUAUCAGGGUUGCCUUCAGGCUCAGUAGCAGCAUCCCUCAGAGCAUGAGCUCAUCCACCCUGCUGUUGAAAUGCUGUAAAAUCACCUACUGUAACACGUGGGUCAAAGGACACUCACUUGUCUCUCAUGAUACUGUGUUGGAUAGCAGAUAGCAGAGUAAUGUGGCUGGCAUAAAUCUCUGAACAGUACAAUUUAAAAAAUUGGCAGCUACUUUUAUAGUUAAAAGUUUCGGGGAUGACAGUAUGAUUUGCGUUUUAUUUAAUUUCAACCUUGGUAGUAAUGUACCUUGGCCAUACUAUUUAAUUCCUGACAAGCCAAUUAAAGUGAUAAUAGUGAUCCGUCUGAAACAUCGAAGCAUUUGUGCAUUUUGGUUAUUAAACAUGUAAUAUGA